AUGAAGCUAUUUUCGAUUUAUAAUAUCGUUUUGGCCUGCUUCACCUCUGUCUUCGCUCAACAAUCGGGGUAUGGGCAGUGCGGAGGCAUAGGAUGGACCGGCGCUACGACAUGCAUUGGUGGAUGGACGUGCACAACGCUCAAUGAUUAUUAUCAUCAGUGUUUGCCUUCGUCCUCUUCUUCUUCGAGCACCGCUACUACGCCCACAUCCGGCACUUCUGUCUCGACUACUGCAACUAGCUCGGCUCCAGCCUCGAGUAGCACAACCCCGGGUAGACUAAACAUACCACCAGCGAACAUUUCCCCGGAAUGGAAAGCUGCCUAUGUGAAGGCUAAGGUCGCUGUGCCUAAGCUUUCACUUGAGGACAAGGUCAACCUUGCGACUGGUAUCGGUUGGCAGCUGGGCAACUGUGUUGGAAAUACACCGGCCAUCUCUUCGAUUAACUUUCCUGGUCUGUGUCUCCAAGAUAGUCCCUUGGGCGUGAGAUAUGCCGAUUUUGUUUCUGCAUUUCCUGCCGCUAUCAACGUUGCUGCUACAUUCAACCGGACCCUCAUGAACCAACGCGGUACUGCAUUGGGUUCCGAAUUCCGCGGCAAAGGAGUUAAUGUUGCGCUGGGACCGAUGAUGAAUCUCAUGCGCGCGCCGGCUGGUGGUCGCGUCUGGGAGGGCUUCGGCGGAGAUCCUUUCCUCGCUGGAGAAGGUGCCUACGAAACAAUUAUGGGCAUACAGUCUAACGGCGUUCAAGCGUGUGCGAAGCACUACAUUAACAAUGAACAAGAGCAUUCUCGCACGACGAGCUCAUCGAACGUAGGCGAUAGGUGCGAGCACGAACUUUACUCCCAUCCAUUCUUGCGAAGCGUUCAAGCCAACGUUGCAUCUGUGAUGUGUAGCUACAUCAAUGGCAGUUUCUCUUGCGAGAACGACAAGACCUUGAACGGAAUAUUAAAAACAGAAAUUGGGUUUCAAGGGUAUUGGUGGGCAACUCAUUCAACAACUGCAGUCAACCAAGGUUUGGAUAUGACUAUGCCUGGAGAUAUCGCCGCUGGCUCGGGAACUACUUAUUUCGGGUCUUCUCUCGUAAACGCGGUUCAAAACGGCUCGGUCCCGCAGUCUCGCAUCGAUGAUAUGGCAACUCGUAUACUUGCUGCUUGGUACUUGUUGGGGCAGGAUUCUGGGUUCCCCGCGGUCAACUUCAAUUCCUGGAACCUGAACGCUCCUAUCAACACGCAUGCGGAGGUUCAAGGAGACCACGCGAGCCUUAUCAGGACGAUAGGCGCUGCUUCCACGGUAUUACUGAAGAACACCAAUGGCGUUUUGCCCUUGCGUGCACCGAAGACUAUCGCAAUCGUUGGAAACGGUGCCGGACCAUCCUCGAGAGGAUUAAAUGGAUAUACCGACCAAGGUGGUGAUGAUGGCGUCCUCGCUAUGGGAUGGGGAAGCGGAACUGAUAACUUCCCCUAUCUGAUCACGCCCCUUGACGCCAUCACCAAUAGAUCAAAGGCUGAAGGCACAACUGUCUCUUCUUCGUUGAGCGAUACAGAUCUCAACGCCGCUGGAACAACAGCAUCUGGAAAAGAUGUUGCCUUUGUAUUCAUCACAGCGGACAGUGGUGAAGGUUACAUCACGGUCGAAGGGAAUGAAGGGGACAGAAAUGACCUCAAUGCCUGGCAUGGUGGCGAUGCUCUGGUGGAAAAGGUUGCAAGUAUCAAUAAAAACACGAUUGUUGUCGUGAAUAGCGUUGGCCCUAUUCUUCUUGAGAACUGGAUCGAGAAUGAAAACGGUGAGUUCGUCUGGAGCGGGCUUCCCGGGCAAGAAGCAGGAAACUCACUCGUCGAUGUUUUAUAUGGGGCAUAUAGCCCAAGUGGCCGAUUGCCCUUCACCAUCGGAAAGAGCAUCAAUGACUACUCCGCACAAGUCAUCUAUGUUGAUAGCACUAACACGAUCCUCCAGAUACCUUACUCAGAAGGGUUGUUCAUCGACUACAGGCAUUUUGAUGCGGCUGGUAUCAAUCCAAGAUUUGAGUUCGGGUUUGGACUGUCUUAUACCACUUUCCAAUACGCAGAUUUGAAAAUCACCGGUUCCGUUGGAAGUGGCACUCCGCCUUCCGGCCCUGGUUCGUCUCUUGAUCCAUGGUUGCAUGACCCGGUCAUUGCAGUCACAUUCUCCCUCACGAACAACGGAACCAUCGCUGGCCAUGAGAGUCCACAGCUUUACACGUCGCCGCCAAGCUCUGCUAACUCCGCUCCAUUCAACCUAAAAGGCUUUGAUAAUGUCUACUUGACUCCUGGGCAAACCAAAUCGGUCUCAUUCAAUCUUUCUCGAUAUGACCUUUCGAUUUGGAACGUCGUUUCGCAACGUUGGGAGAUUCCCCAAGGGACGACUGAGAUUUCCAUUGGAGCAAGUAGUCGUGAUAGACGGUUGACAGGGUCUGUACAGAACUAG